AUGGAUGUGUCUGGAAAGGUUUUCUUCAUCACUGGAGGGGCUCAGGGAUUGGGGAAAGCCUUUGCUGAGGCGCUCCUGGGCAGAGGCAGUAAGGUUUGCUUAGGUGAUAUUGACGAAACAACUGGAGUUGCUACUUCGGAAGAUUUUAAGAAACGUUUUGGUGAGGAAAAUGUCAGAUUUAUUGCUGUUGACGUGACUGAUGAUGGGCAAUUUGAAGCUGCCUUCAAAGAAGCUGUGUCCACCUUUGGCCGAGUGGAUGUCAUGGUGAACAACGCCGGUAUCUUGACUGAACCUGAAUGGGAGAAAACGAUACAAAUUAACUUUCUAGUGAUCUACCAGGCUCUGGCCACUGCAAACAGAGCGGGGAGAGCAGAGCAGAACAGCGGAGAUCACUUGCAGUAUGGCCAGAGCCUUAUGCAUAUUGCGUGA